AUGGCGAGGAAGGCUCUCGCCGCGAGCACUUUCCUGCUGUUGUCCAUUUCGUUAUCAUGGGUGGGCGUCGCGCAGUUGGCGCGAGCGGCAGAGGUAGAUGCUGAGAGGCUUCAGGCACGUUCAGUUGUGCCCCUGCUGACCUGGGCGAAUGCUACGGCCUGGAUCUUCCUGGCCCUUCCGCACAUGCUAAGGCGCGCACGAGCCGGGGCAGACAUCCCAGGCACAGGAGCCAGGCUGCUGGACUUCGUGACAACCGAGGCCUUCAAGGUCUCGCACCCACCUCGAUUCCUAUUCAUAGCCUUGACCACCAACUUCUCCUACAUAGGUGCGCUGCACUUCCUGCCCGCAUCCCUCAAUACCGCCAUCUUCAGCAGCAGCCCAGUCUUUACGCUGCUGCUCCAAACCAUGUUCCUCGAGUCAGGUUGGCGAGGCGACGCCGGCUCCCAAGGAUGGAAGGCGCUCAGCGUGGGCCUUUCCGUGGUCGGAGUGCUGCUCAUCGCGGAGCCAUGGCACGGCUCUCUGGGAGGCUCAGACCUCGACGAGCAGAGGCUGAGGAUCAUUGGCGUGCUGCUUUCGCUCUUCUCGGCCUUGGGCACAGCAAUCUACCAGGUCUACUUUAAACAGACCUUUGGUGAUUCCAUGCGCCCAGAGGAGGCAGAAGCUACACCCCGUGGUGUGCAACAGCUGUGCAAGUGA